CUUUCUCGAUGGUGCUUAUCAGUCGCAAGGAAAGUUUAGUAUACGGACAUGAUGAUCAACGGGCGGAGUAUAACGUGGUGUUGCGCCGCCGCCGCUCGAUGGGAGCCACGGAGUACGGACUAUCACGGGACACCCUCGGUGAUAUGCACAGCUACACAGUAGGCUCGCCCAUAGAGCCUGACCAAUGAUGGUGCCUCAAAACUCUGAACUAUGUAACCGGAUCCCGAGGUUACUCCAAUUGCCAAGAGCAUUCUGGGGUCUCUCGGACCUGAUGAUCUUGGUUGAAAAAUCGAUGAAAUGAGAUAGGACGUCGUCGCCGUCGCCGCAUGGCCGAAUCUAACGAACAUGGAUGAUCCGACGAAGUACCUUUCAAGUA